AUGGCGCCUUCUGUUCAGACUAUUAACAGUAUUCGAUCGAUACCUUUUCUCGCCUUAGCAUGCCUAAACGCAGCCGCGCCUCUUACACCUAGCUCAAUGCAAUGGGUCAACUGUUCAAGCAUUGACCCAGAAAUGCCCCCUGCUCUCGAAUGCGGCCAGGUACAGGUCCCUCUCGAUUGGAACAACGUCAAAAGCGAGCACAUCGCGAUCGGUCUCGUGCGAAUCCCAUCUUCUAAUCGAGAAAAGCUGGGCAGCCUCAUCUACAACCCCGGCGGCCCCGGCGGUGCUGCUUCGGAUGUUGUUAUAGCUCAGGCGUCUGGGGUUCAGGCGUUCAGCGAAGAUCUUGUCAGCAACUUUGAUAUUGUAGGAAUGGAUCCUCGGGGCGUCGGCCUUAGCCCGCGUAUCAAGUGCGACCCAGACCUCUACAACAAGCGGAAUGCGUGGUUCCCGAAGGAUGAGACAGAGUAUGACGCUAUGGUUCAAGCGAACAAAGACCUGUGGGAGAGCUGCGAAAGAUUGACCGGUCCACUGCUAUAUCAUGCCGACACCAUCGCCGUUGCAAAAGACCUGGAAGCUGUGCGCAAGGCUCUUGGCGAUGAGAAGCUCAACUUCAUGGGCGCUUCCUACGGUUCUCAGAUCGGCCAAACCUACGCUCAGCUGUUCCCAAAGAACUACCGAGCUCUUGCCCUGGAUGGUAUUACGGAUCAUGCCCAGUCUGCAACUGACACCUUCGUCACCGAAGUGAGUACGUAUGAGCGCAGUUUCGAGCGCUUUGCAGAAUGGUGUGAUGAGAACGAAGACUGCGCUCUGCAUGGGGAGGAUGUUCAGGAGAUCCUGGUGCGGCUCGUUGAUGAAGCAAAUGACAACCCAAUACCGGCACCCGGAUGCGACGACAAGGUCUGCCGCUCAAACAUGAAUGGGUACGAGAUUUUGCAGGUCACUCAGAAUGGCUUACACUUUGUGCCGGUCAUCGAACCACUCUCAGCCGGCUGGGUCGGGUUGGCAGGCGCGCUCGCUCAAGCCUCCCAGGGAAAUGCCACCCUCCUGUCCAGCACCAGUCUCCUGGCGCAGAGUGAAGACGACCCAGCAUUUGCUGGACCGGCCAUCUCCUGCCUUGAUUGGAUCUCCGAAGGAAAUUCUUUCUGGGACCUGAAGUGGAAGAUGGAGCUGGGACGGACCGUGGCUCCAGUCACGCGUGGUGUGUCCCAGAGCUACCAGAUCCAAGCUCAGUGUUUGGGGUUUCCCAAGAAGCCUACCAACCCACAACAAGAUAUGACGGUCAAGAACGAAGGGCAGCCACCGAUCUUUCUUGCUCAGUCUAAGUACGAUCCGUCGACAUCAUAUGUUUGGGCCGAGAAUGUGCGGAAGAGCAUCGAGUCAGUGGCAUUUGCUCUGCGUGAUGGCGAUGGUCACACAUCGUACUUCCUCUUUGGCGAAUUGAGCAAGAUGAUGGACGAGUAUCUGAUCAAGGGAACUCUUCCUUCAAACCACACCGUGGUGAAGACUUGA